CAUCAUCCUCCUUCCUCGCAUUAUCUUAAUUCUCGGCCGCUCGUCAACUUAUUCAUCCUUCCGUCUCAUGCCAAAUGAACGCCCAGCUCAUGCACGCCCACACACAACUUCAGUUGCUUCAAUUUCAACCACCUUUGCUUCACUCACUUACAUUUCCUUCUCCCACAAAGCGGCUUAGUUCUCGAAAUUUCUCAACGACUAAAAAUAGUCAAUUUGAUCUUAGAUUGUGCUAUGGGAGCUUUAGUUAUGGCACUUGUGUUAGGAACUCGGCGACUAGGGGAGCCAAUGAAGUGGAGUAUCAGAAGCCGAACCACCAAGUGGUGAAUAGACCAUACCCUUUCCAUGACAUUGAGCCCAAGUGGCAGCGUUUUUGGGAGGAGAACAAAACUUUUCGAACCGCAGAUGAUGAUAUUGAUACCUCUAAACCUAAAUACUAUGUACUUGACAUGUUCCCUUACCCCAGCGGAGCUGGGCUACAUGUUGGCCAUCCCCUGGGAUAUACUGCCACGGAUAUUCUAGCUAGAUAUAAACGCAUGCAGGGAUACAAUGUGUUGCAUCCAAUGGGAUGGGACGCCUUUGGGCUGCCUGCUGAACAAUUUGCCAUUCAGACAGGAACUCACCCAAAGAUAACUACAAUGAGGAACAUUGAUCGCUUUCGUUCUCAGCUAAGAUCACUAGGCUUUUCAUAUGACUGGGAUCGUGAAAUAUCUACCACAGAUCCUGAUUAUUACAAAUGGACUCAAUGGAUCUUUCUACAGCUGUUAAAGAGAGGACUGGCAUAUCAGGCUGAAGUUCCCGUCAAUUGGUGCCCUGCUCUAGGCACUGUGUUAGCCAAUGAGGAGGUGGUGGAUGGUGUUAGUGAGAGGGGGGGUCAUCCUGUGAUAAGAAAGCCAAUGCGGCAAUGGAUGCUCAAGAUCACUGCCUAUGCUGAUCGUCUUCUUCAAGAUUUAGAUAACCUUGAUUGGCCAGAAAGUGUAAAGGAAAUGCAAAGAAAUUGGAUAGGGAGGUCAGAAGGGGCUGAGCUGGAAUUUUGUGUUCUUGAUUGUGAUGGAAAGGAGAGAGACAUAAAGAUUAUUGUCUAUACUACAAGGCCAGAUACAAUCUUUGGAGCAACUUACUUGGUUGUUGCGCCAGAGUAUUCUUUGUUGUCAUCAUUAGUUUCCACAGCCCAGAGCAAAUAUGUGGAAGAAUAUAAGGACCUUGCCUCAAGGAAAAGUGACCUUGAGAGGACUGAGCUUCAGAAGGAGAAGACGGGGGUCUUUACGGGUUGUUAUGCAAGAAAUCCGGCAAAUGGGGAAGCCAUUCCAAUAUGGGUGGCAGAUUAUGUAUUGGGGAGUUAUGGAACAGGAGCAAUUAUGGCUGUGCCUGCACAUGACUCUAGGGAUUAUGACUUUGCUUUGAAACAUGAUGUUCCAGUUCGCUGGGUUGUAAUGCCACAUGAUAAAAGUAUCAUUGAAGGUGGAAAGGCUUUUUCAGGUGAAGGAACUAUUGUAAAUUCAUCAAACGCAAUGGUGGGACUUGACAUUAAUGGCUUGUCCAGUAAAAACGGUGCUUUGAAAGUCAUUGAAUGGGCGGAGAAAACUGGAAAUGGAAAGAGAAAGGUAAACUACAAGUUAAGGGACUGGCUUUUUGCUCGGCAGCGUUAUUGGGGUGAACCUAUCCCUGUCAUUUUCUUGGAUGAUACUGGGGAGACAGUUCCGCUUAAUGAGACUGAACUGCCUGUUGUACUACCUGAAUUGGAUGACUUUACUCCCACUGGAACAGGGGACCCUCCACUGUCCAAGGCUGUUUCUUGGGUUAAAACUACAGAUACUUUAUCUGGAAGACCAGCUACUCGAGAAACAAACACUAUGCCACAGUGGGCUGGCUCAUGCUGGUACUAUUUGAGAUUUAUGGACCCUAAGAACCCCAAAGAAUUGGUUGACAAGACAAAGGAAAGGUAUUGGAGCCCUGUUGAUGUGUAUGUUGGUGGUGCUGAGCAUGCAGUUCUUCAUCUGCUGUAUGCUAGAUUCUGGCACAAGGUUCUCUAUGACAUUGGAGUCGUUUCCACCAAGGAACCCUUCCAAUGUGUUAUAAAUCAGGGGCUAAUCCUCGGGGAAGUCCAAUAUAUGGCUUGCAGGGAUGGAGAUGGAAAUUUGAUAUCUGCUGAUUCAACAUUGGGUGAAAAUAAUUUAGAAAAAGUUCCUGAGGAAAAGGUCAUGAAAUCUGGUGACUCUUUUGUCCUGAAAGAUAACCCUCAUAUUCGUUUAAUUGCGCGUGCCUAUAAAAUGAGCAAAAGUAGGGGAAACGUAGUUAAUCCUGAUGAUGUUGUUUCUGAGUAUGGUGCAGAUUCUCUCCGCUUAUAUGAAAUGUUCAUGGGACCAUUAAGGGACUCGAAAACUUGGAUUACAAGUGGUAUUGAAGGUGUGCAUAGAUUCUUAGGACGAACAUGGAGGCUCAUUGUUGGUUCACCUUUGGCUGAUGGCACAUUCAAGAAUGGAACUUUAACAGUUGAUGAGGAACCUACACUAGAACAACUUCAAUCUCUCCAUAAAUGCAUUGCUAAGGUAACAGAGGAAAUUGAGGGCACACGGUUCAACACAGGAAUUUCAGCUAUGAUGGAGUUCUUAAAUGUGGCUUAUAAGUGGGAUAAACAUCCAAGAUCAGUUGUUGAGGCAUUUGUUUUGCUGCUUUCACCAUACGCACCUCAUAUAGCUGAGGAGCUUUGGUCACGGCUAGGACACACAAAUUCAUUAGCGCAUGAGCCUUUCCCUAAGGCAAAUCCUGCUUACUUGAAAGAUUCCACGGUAGUCCUCCCAGUUCAGAUCAACGGUAAGACGAGGGGUACCAUACAGGUCGAAAAAACAUGCACAGAGGAGGAUGCUUUUGAACUGGCUUGUAGGGAUGAAAAACUAUCCAAGUUUUUGCAUGGUAACCCUGUGAAAAAAAGAAUCUACGUUCCUGGCAAGAUCUUGAAUGUUGUUUUGGACCGUAAAAAGACCAAGGUGGGUGUAUAGUGGUUAGUUUGCCCUGUCUGGUGCACAAGUUUUACUGGGAGCAAGCAGCAACAGCCAACUUUGGUCGUCGUCAUGGUGGCCAAGCUGGCAGCUCUGAUAUUCAAAGAAGGCUGAAUUCGGCUAAAAGAAGAAAGCUUUCAUGGUUAAGAAAGCGAGGGCCAGCCAAACAAGAGGCUUAGGACUUAAAAUAGAAGAGUGACAAAACGUGCUUCAAGGUUCAUAUGGUGGGUUCUACAUGUGGAUUAAGCUACUUUCUGUAGAUAUCAUGUCAGAUGCAGAGGGCAUUCAGGCGCUGAUGAUCUGUUGUGUAACGAUAGUGAUUUUCUUCUCCAUGUUAAUUUCCCCCCUUUGAAUGCACCUGAGUAUUCCAAUGAAUUCUUAAUCUUUUUGUUUCUCUGCUUAGGGUAAAGGGUAGCCAUUAGGUAAGGUGCUCUAAUGUCAGUUGUCAUUGAUUCUAUAGAUCUGUCACGCCGAAAGUACUUCCGACAAACAGGCUCUUUCACACAUGGCCAUGUGAAUAGGUUAUUCAAAUAUUCAAUUAUACUAGAGAAGUGACCUCAAACUUCGGAUUGAAGAGUGCAUAAGAAGGGUGUCAAAGGUACAAGUUUAAUGAAAUGAAACCUCUGGAUUGUGAUCA